GAGAGAGAGAGAGAGAGAGGGUAUAUUUAUAGCUCAGAGCGAGGCUGCACUAGAGAGAUAAGGCUCAAACUGACUGCAGAUAGAACAACAGACAGACAGAGCGAAACGGAGAGAAACAAUGAACCGAUUCGUGUCGUUGGUGUUGCUGUGGACCCUGGCGGUCCUGUCCACUACCGGGCCCGUUACCGGGGCUGAGGAAGGGGAGAUCUCGUUCGAGUAUCACCGGUAUGAGGAACUACGGAAGGCUCUCGUUUCGGUAUGGCUGCAGUGUCCAUCAAUCACGCGCAUCUACACGGUGGGGGAGAGCUUCGAGGGCCGCGAGCUGCUGGUCCUGGAGAUGUCAGAUAACCCCGGGACGCACGAGACUGGUGAGCCAGAGUUUAAGUACAUCGGAAACAUGCAUGGCAACGAGGCGGUAGGACGGGAACUCAUCGUCUACCUGGCUCAGUACCUCUGUAACCAAUACCAACAGGGCAACGAGUCGAUCAUCGAUCUGAUCCACACCACACGUAUCCACCUGAUGCCCUCCAUGAACCCUGAUGGCUUUGAGAAAGCUGCCUCCCAGUCGGGGGAGCUGAAGGAUUGGUUCGUAGGUCGUAGUAACGCCCAGGGGGUUGACCUGAACAGGAACUUCCCUGACCUGGACCGCAUCGUCUACGGCAACGAGAAGGAGGGCGGAGCCAACAACCACCUGCUCAACAAUAUGAAGAAGGCCGUGGACGAAAAUACCAAGCUGGCUCCAGAGACCAAGGCAGUGAUCCGGUGGAUAAUGGAGAUUCCAUUCGUCCUCUCAGCGAAUCUGCAUGGAGGAGAUGUGGUGGCCAACUACCCCUACGACGAGACGCGCAGUGGUUCGACCCAUGAGUACAGCGCCAGUCCUGAUGACGUCACCUUUAAGUCUCUGGCGAAGUCCUACUCCCAGUUUAAUCCUGUGAUGUCAGACCCCCAACGGGCUCCGUGCAGGAAGAACGACGAUGAUACCAGCUUCACGGACGGCAUCACCAACGGAGGGGCCUGGUACAGUGUACCCGGAGGCAUGCAGGAUUUUAACUACCUGAGCAGUAACUGUUUUGAGAUAACUCUGGAGCUGAGCUGUGACAAGUUUCCUGCUGAAGACACACUGAAGACUUAUUGGGAGGAGAACCGCAACUCACUGGUCAACUAUAUAGAACAGGUGCAUCGUGGUGUGAAGGGCUUUGUGCGUGACCAUCAGGGUGGAGCCAUCUUUAACGCCUCCAUCUCAGUGGAGGGCAUCGACCAUGACAUCACUACAGCUAAGGACGGAGACUACUGGCGUCUCCUGGCAGCAGGGAACUACAAGGUAUCUGCCUAUGCUCCAGGUUACUUGACUGUCAUCAAGAAGGUGGCUGUCCCCUACAGUCCUGCUAUUAGGGUGGACUUUGAGCUGGAGUCCUUGGUAGAGAGGAAGGAAGAGGAAAAGGAGGAGCUGAUGGACUGGUGGAAGAUGAUGUCAGAGACACUCAACUUCUGAACACUCUGAUUGGUCCAUAGGGCCACUGGCACGUCUGAUUGGUUGACAGGUUGAUUGACGUGUGCGUCUACAAAUGGGUGUACUAUAUUGUGUGUUGUCCCGCCCACUGUACAGGUCUUCUCUCUUCUUCUGUCUUUAUUUAAUUUGGUUUAAUGGUUGAUGUUGUUGUCAAGGGUUACCCCAUUCCAGGGGGCUCCAACCUUUUCUAGCAUGCGAUCUACUCAUUAUUUAUCUGGCUUUCCAAUAGGCCCUUUUCUCCCCUGCAACUCUUCCCUGGUCCUUAGUGUACUAGAGGAAGUAGGGCACUAUGUUGUCAACUCUUCCCUGGUCCUUAG